GGUGAUAACGCGUCACUUCCUAGGAGACGUCGGGACGCCGAGAGCACAAGCCUCACAGCUCCGAGCAGCAGAGGAUGGAGAAGUAUGAGAAAGUGACGACUAUAGGGAGAGGAGCCAGUGCGGACGUCUACCUGAUGAAGAAUCGAGAAACUAAGAAACUCUAUGCUGUCAAACGGAUCAAAAUCGAUCACUCACGCAAGACAAGAACCAAAGAAGCUGUUCUGCAAGAAGCCAUCAUCCUGACCCAACUCAAACACCCUCACAUCAUCACCUGUCACGAGUAUUACUUUGACCCAGAAGAAGAGGCCAUCUUCAUUGUGCAGGACUACUGCGAUGGUGGCACCUUGGAUGACCUUGUGCAGUCCAAGAAAGGGCAGGGCUUUUUUACCGAGGAUGAAGUGAUGCAGUGGUUUGUUCAGUUAGUUAUGGCCAUUCAGUAUAUUCACUCUAUGAAGAUCCUCCAUCGAGACAUCAAAACGCCCAAUGUCUUCCUCACAAAGAAAGGCACGGUGAAACUGGGCGAUUUUGGUAUCUCUAAAAUAAUGAACCACACCCUGGAUGUGGCCAACACCUGUGUGGGAACUCCAUGUUACCUCAGCCCAGAGCUGUGCGAGGAUGUGCCUUACAGCUCCAAGUCUGACAUCUGGGCUCUCGGCUGCCUUCUGUUUGAAAUCUGUGCCUUGAAACCUGCCUUUCAUGCCAGGAACCUCAUCAGCUUGUUUUAUAAGAUCGUCAAGGGGGAGUACGCCCAAGUGCCUGCCAUCUACUCGGGGAACUUGCACCAGUUGAUCAAGAACCUUCUCAACAAGUGCCCGGAGGAGCGGCCUAGUGCCAGCACUAUCCUCAACAUGCCCUCCGUCCAGGAACACCUCAAACUCUUCAUCAAGAAGCAGGAGCUGCAACUCACCAAAUGCCACCAUUCCCUGAAGCAGCUUCACGUGACCAAGAGAGAGGCUGACGAGGUGACGGCUGGCUUGUGUGACCCUCUGUGUGCCUCCCACGACACCAGGAGCUUCAGAGCGGUGUCAGCUCCCCCCUGCCUCAGCGUCCAGAGUAUCGACCAGGAGCAGGCUCCCGAGGCCCAUGGCGAUUUGGAGCUCUGUGAAGAAGAGACCAAAUGUGAAUACACUGAUGACUUUGAUCAGGACAGCUUGUCCUCAGGAGAGAAUUCUCCUGAGGGUGAGGUCCCAGGUUCCCCUGUAGCAGAUGAAACAUACGAAGAGGCAGAAGUGCUCACUGAUGAGGUAGAUUUCACUGAGUACGCGGAUGACUUUGAAGAGGGGGACGAUGAUCUGGCAGAAAUCGUGUGCAACGCCCGAUGUGCUAUGGAAGUCACUGCCGAUAAUGAGGCGUUUCUGGAGCAAAGAGACCAGGACGAAGCAGUUUCCAACAUAUCCUCCACCAUUAAGACUCUGCGAGAGAGGUGUAUCGAUGAUGUUGGCGAGACCCUCUUCCACCAAAUUGCUUCCAAGUUCUUCCAAGGCCUGACUCCUGAGGACCUGCAGCCUCAGUUUGAACAUCGUUUGGGUUCAGAUCACCUGGAGACCUGCUACCUGCUGUUCAGCAUGGACCAGGACGAGGCGUAGUGCAGUGUGGGGCUGCAGAGCACACAGUGACGUUCACCCGUCACAUUUCUAUCCAAAUUCCUGUAGUGGCCGAUGGAUAAUGAGCACUUGCCACCCAAAGGACCUUCGUCAAUACCUCCACCAGGUAACCAGCAAUACACCAGCCCUGCCUGCCUGCCUGCCUGAACGCCGUCGGGUUUCCCGGGAGCAGAAGGUUUCCAGCAGCGCUUGGGUAGACGGUCGCUGGACACUCGCUUUAGAUUUUGAAUCCCUUAUUCCUGUUACUUUUCCCAAAUGCUUGUUUCCUUGCCCUUCAUCUUAACAUUUCACUGUCUCUGAGGGUGGAAGGAGAAUAGGGAGGGUGACUCGCUGUUUCUCUUCUUCCCAAUUUUUUUGUUCCUCACAAGAACUUUUACUGACGUAGGAAGGCCCCAGCGCUCUGUGGCGCAGUGUUUAAACUUCAACACAGUACGUCACCUCGCACCAGUUCACAAACCUGCCAGGGAGUGCACUGAUAGCGACCAGUCACUGGAGCAGAAACUCCUCUCACUCAGCUCCUAUAGGUUGGUAAGAUGGUCCUGGCUGGAAAGCUUAGAGAGCAAUGAUAUCAAUGGCAACCUAUGUGGUUUGAGCUGGUUAGACUCCAGCAA